UAAGCUACAUUAACGCCUUCCUCUCUCCAGUCUCCAUCGAUGACAUUGAGUCAGUCCGAAAAGGCCGUCAAUCUGAAGGUCUCAACAAACACACCGACCCCGGUGUGGAGGAAAUGUGCUUCUCCAUCAUCUUCAAGGGCAGCAAGAAAAACCUGGACCUGAUGGCGGCCAAUGGGACGGAGGCGAAGCAGUGGGUCAGCGGCCUGGACAAGAUCAUCCACAACAUGCGCAACCUGAGCCGCCAGCAGAAGAGUGAGCAUUGGAUCAUCAACUGCAUGCGGAAAGCAGACAAGAACGCAGACAACAAGAUGACGCUGAAGGAGCUGAAGCACUUCCUGAGGCAGGUCAACGUGGAAGUGGACGACACGUACGCUGCGGAGAUUUUCAAGAAAUGCGACACGUCCAACUCAGGCUCCUUGGAGGGCGAAGAGAUCGAGCACUUCUACGACCUGCUGACGCACCGAGAGGAGGUCGACGUGAUCUACGGGAAUUACGCUCAAACCGAGGGUCAGAUGAGCAGCAAAGACCUGCUGAACUUCCUGCUGACCGAGCAGAGGGAGGAGGUGCCCAUGGAGGAAGCUCUCAAGCUGAUAGAGAAAUACGAAGUGGAUGGAACAGGUAGGAAGACUUCAGGAUUACGACACAGAGGCCACUGUCAGCAGAAACCCAAGAGGCACCAGCCCUGA